GACACUACCUGUGUUACUAUUCAGUGUUUCUCGUGCAUUCAAGAUCGCAACUGGCGCAUCGGCCACACCACCGUUUUUCUAUCAUGUUUGAGACUUUAGAGCCACUAUAGACCUUUAUCGUAAGAUCAUCUAUGUUUCAACUGAAUAAAAUCUUAAACGAUGAUUGAGGCGUUAUAAUAAAUGUCUAUUCCCUACACCAUCAUGGCGGAGAAGAACGUGGUAGCGGAUGACCCUCACACCACCGAGGACGGCGUCAAAGAAGAAACAGACCCUGAGCCGACAGAGGAAAGAAACACCACACCAUCAGAAACAAGUGAGAAACGAGUAAGAACAUUGACAGUCAAAGCUAAAGAACUUUACGAUGCUGAAGUUAAGAAAUCCAACUCAAAAAUCGACUUAAUAUGGACUGAUAUAGAGAACAUUCCUAGUGAAAUAGAAAACAUUGGUCAUAAUACACAAGCAUUGCGUGUUCUGGGUUCCAGACUUGACUAUCUUGGAGAUAGAUAUGAGGAAGAGUGUGUGUCAUUUCGUGAAUAUCUCACCCGAAGAAAUACAACAGAAAGCCAGCAGGAGUUGGACUCCCUCAUGGCCUCCCUUGACAAAGGAAAAAGUAUUAUUCAGGAAUUACGGAAAAGAAUCAGGGAUACUCGUAUGGAAGCAACAGAAACUGCCUCACGGAGGUCCGCUUCAGUAAGGACGUCGUCAUCCCAUGUUGAUUCAAUCCUGUUCAAGAAACGUGUGGAAGCAGAAACGCAACGUGCUAACAUUCUAUUCCGAGAGAAGGAACUUGCGAUCCUCAAAGAAAAAGCAUCACUUAAGGAACAUGAAGCAAAACAACAAGCUGAGAACUUGAAGCUACUCAUCACUUGUUAGAAGAAAAAAGAAAAGCAGCACUCGUAAAAGCAGAAGUGAAAGCAAUAGAGAACUUUGAGUCGGACACUAGACAAGGGUUUGUUAUACCAUCAGAUAUCG